UAAAUGCAGCGCGACAAAGCCAUGCACCUUCCUUCUUGCCUGUCAGACGGAAGUCAGGGCUGAAAGGCGCCACGUUUGUGUUGACGUCCAGAGUCGGAAUGUGAAGCAUGGCUGUUGAAAGCGAAAAGAAACCUGUGCUGGAGAUGGUCCAGGCCGAUGGGGCUGAUGAGGGGUGUGUGACAUUUGUGCUGCAUGAUGAAGACCAUACACUGGGCAAUUCCCUCAGAUAUAUGAUCAUGAAGACCGUGGAUGUGGAUUUUUGUGGCUACACCAUCACCCAUCCGUCCGAGAGCAAGAUCAACUUUCGCAUUCAAACACGAGGGGGGAUUCCGGCUACGGAGCCGCUGCGGAGGGGCCUGAAUGAGCUCUCUGAUGUUUGUCAACAUGUCCUCAACACCUUUCAGGCCAGAGUCGAAGAGUUCAAAGAGAGGCAGGAGCAGCCGAUGGAAUGAAGAGCAUCACGCAUGUUUGACUGCGAAGAUGCCAGACACAGUUUCUACAAACAAACUAAAGAUGUGUGAUCUUGAUAAGUCCCUUUUUUGUGUAUACACACACACACAUAUGUGUGUGUAUAAGGUCGCUCUGAAAAUAAGUUGAUCAAGUCAUAUUUCAAACACUUGUACAGUUAUCUUAUUUUGCAUUGAUGUGUGACGCAUGUCUUCGUGGAUUUUUGCAACGAUUGGUGGAAUAAAUUGAAGACCUUAAACUUUGUCAAACAAUA